UGGCUCAGACUCGUAGACAAUACAUCAGAACAAUGCUUCCCAACUGUUCCCAUUGACAAAUCCUAUGGUGGCAUUUCUAACAAUCAACACCGAUUGUACUGAAGGGCUGAAGGCGCUAUCAAAGAUGGCUUCCGUACUCUGUACUGCGGAUUGCUUACCAGCUCAAAUGAAAAGGUGAGUGGAAGUCUAUUCACACUUCACUUGACUGUUUGCACAAUCCCCCGCCUUCACUUCCCUUCCAGCUCCCACCAGUGUGUAUAUAUUUCAUACUCAUCACGAUCACAUCAACCUUACCCUCACCACCAGAUUCCCAGACAGAAGAAUCUCAACUAUACCACGCUAACCAUGCCGCGCGACAAAACCCCAAUCCCAGGUCCUCACGACCCUGCAACACCGCGCACACCCGGCGCCAACACGAACAACACCACCGCCAUGCACGUCCAGCGCAACACCCCCGUCCCCUCCACGCCCGGCGGUCACCACCGGCGCAUAUCUAGCAUCCCACGGACGCCCGGCACCAGCGCCCGCACCUGCUCGUCGUCACCGAGCGUAUUCACGCACGUCACAGUGCACACAGCCAAGUGUUCUGAAUGCGACAAGCGCAACAAGGGCACGAUGCUGCGGUGUCCGGGGUGCACGUUCCAGGUGUGCAAGCCGUGUCAGGAAAAGAGGGAGAAGGGCGGGAAGAGCUUGGCGCAUGGGAAUAUGCUGAGUCCGCAGGUUGCGACGCCAGGGAUGAGUGGGAGUGUGGUGAGAAGGAGGCCGGUUGGGACGGUGAGGAGUGUUGAGAAGGAGAAGAAGAAUAAGGAGCAAGAGGAAAGGAAGGGCGGUGUUUGGAAGGGAGAUGUGGUGGAGGAGAAGAGUGAGAUCGAGGAGAUGAAGGCGAGGAAGCGUAUGGUGAAACCAGCACCCAAGCCCAAGGCGAAGGCGAAGAGCAGGGCGAGGGAAGUAACGCCAUCGGACGACUCGUCAGACGAUGAUUUUGGAACGGAUCCUGCAUCACCUACCGCCAACAAGCGUCGCCGCACCGGCAACGCCCCGAAGCUUGAUGCCACUCACGAUAUUUUCUCCCCGUUUCUCAGGUCGACCGAGAAUCCCCAGGCUCCCGAAAAGCCUGAUCUUGGCGACUCCAAGUUCAGUGAACGGCCUCUCAGCGAUAUGACCACAGAUGAGAUUCUGGUGCACUAUGAUGUCAAUACUCCCAUGAACCCAUACAAAUCCCACCUGCUCAGCCGUCACGAGCCUGUAGUCACCAACCCGGUCAUUCAGAUGCCAGAGAUGGUGAAGCGAGGGUUUAAGCCGAGGCCGAGCGCUGGGGAGAUCCAGAAGACUAUCCAGGACAAGGUGAGGGAAAAGAUGGGACUGCCCAAGUCGACAGCGGGGACAGAUGGUAGUGGAUGAGGAUAUGGCAAAGAUAGAUGGGUUCUGGAGGUUGUGCCAAGGUGGAAAGGGCGUUCGGUUGAUGAUUGUGCAUUGUAUAUCCAAUAUUGUGGUUCCCGAUCUUUCGGAUUUCAGCCAGCGUCGUGUCCAACUUGGUGGCGACAGUGUACU